AUGGCGGUCCCACGGCAACGAAUACUGGACAUCAUGAGGGUCCAAUGUAGUGUCUUUAAUACCACAUAUAACCCAGAACGCCUCCGCGUAGGAUCGCGCAUCCUUCACCAGCGCCUCAAGGGGCCCUCUGUCGCUUCAUACUACCCACCACGUAUCGGAACAAUCAGUCAAUUGCGAUCGCUAUAUGGAGAGCACCAGUUGAUUGACGAAGAUGAGGAGGACUGGCUGGAGCAUCUGAAUGUUGCCAAGUCAAGAGGAAAGGGCGCACCAAAGAAGAAGAGGACUGCUGCGGAAUCAAAGAAGUUCAACAAGAGGAAGUAA